AUGCCCGCCGCAUCCGGUGAUUCGUCAAAGCCUAGUUCCGCGCAGAGCUCAAAACCGUCGUCUAUCAAAUCCCACGACGGUUCCAGACAUUCUCCCGGUCUUAUUGCUCAAGAUUUCGAUUCCGCGAGCGAAUCUUCACACCUGAGGCCCCAUUCCGAAAGGUCCUCUGUCAAGGAACGCUUCACCCGCAUGUUUGCAAGUAAAGACCUUCCCAAACUGAACAACGGCAAUGGCGAACAUGCUGGGAGGCCUCGUGGCCCGUCCUUGAACGGCGCCUCAUCCCCUGCUUCGUCUCGCAAAGAUUCUUCUGAGCGUCUCUCUGAGAAGCCGCCGUCAAAUGCAUCCAAGGUUAUCCCCGGCAAGGACCUUGGCAGUCGCUUCGCUUGCAAUUCAGAAGUCCAGGGUGGCCACGAACAUCACUUGAAGUCAAGCCGACGUCAAGAAAAGCUCUCCGACAUGUGGAGAUCUCUACUAGGAAAGAAGCCAGAGGCUACUCCUGACAGCGACCUCUCACUGGUAUCCAACUGGGUGGACUCGCUGCGCCAAGAAAAGGAAGAGGCGGGAGACCGCAAAGGAGGACCCAAUGUGUCUUCGACCCUUGUCGAGAAGUACGGCAAAUGCCAGGAAGUAGUUGGACGAGGAGCCUUUGGUAUCGUUCGAAUCUCCCACAAGAAGCUUGGAGGCAGCGAAAAGCUCUUUGCCGUCAAGGAGUUCCGCCGACGACCCGAAGAAACCGAAAAAAAGUACAGCAAGCGCCUGACCGCCGAGUUCUGUAUAUCUUCGUCUCUGCGCCACCCCAACGUAAUUCACACACUGGACCUGCUGAAGGAUGCCAAGGGCGACUACUGCGAAGUUAUGGAGUUCUGUUCUGGCGGCGAUCUCUAUACUCUUAUUCUAUCAAGUGGCAAGCUCGAGGUUCAAGAGGCCGAUUGCUUCUUCAAGCAGAUGAUGAGAGGUGUAGAGUAUCUCCACGAAAUGGGCGUCGCCCACAGAGACCUCAAGCCAGAGAACCUUCUCCUGACCACAAGGGGUGCCCUCAAAAUCACGGAUUUCGGCAACGGCGAAUGCUUCCGGAUGGCUUGGGAAACAGAUGCUCACAUGGUAUCUGGACUAUGUGGCUCGGCCCCAUACAUCUCCCCAGAGGAGUACACGGACAAAGAAUUCGAUGCUCGCGCCGUCGACGUGUGGGCUUGUGGUGUGAUUUACAUGGCCAUGCGGACCGGCCGUCAUCUCUGGCGAGUAGCCAAGAAGGACGAGGAUGAAUUCUACGCUCGAUAUCUCGAGGGCCGGCGUGACGAAGAGGGCUAUGGCCCCAUUGAGUCGCUACAUCGAGCAAGAUGCCGCAACGUUAUAUACUCAGUUCUGGAUCCCCAUCCCACCCGCCGCUUAACAGCUGCUCAGGUUCUCAAAUCGGAGUGGGUUCGCGAAAUCAAACUAUGCAAGGCUGGAGAGGAGGGUCUAUAA